CUCAAACAUCUGAGCGCUACGCGUCUGAAUAAUACACGAAAUGCCGAUAUCGAUGUGCUGUUCUUCAAUCGUGCCGCCAAAGUUGGCAGCGAGGCUCUGAUGGAGCUGAUGCAGGCUCUGGAAAACUACAAUGAUGACAUAACCCUCGACAGAUCGGGUCUCUCGAAGCCCACUUCGCGUCAGUUGGAAAAAGAUGAUCAGCGGGAAAUGGCGGAAUAUGUCGCUGAUCUGGAAGAGGGCAGCAUGUACAUAGAGCACAUUAAUUGGUUGGACUUUGAGGAGUUUGAUCAGCCCAAACCGAUCUACAUCAAUAUGGUGCGAGAUCCCGUGGAGCGGGUCAUCAGUUGGUACUUUUAUGCCAGGAGUUCCUACAAGAAUGCCAUCGAGUACCGCAAGAAGCCCAAUUUGAAGAUCAAGAAGGAGUCCUGGUACAAGAAGAACUUUAAUGAGUGCGUGAAGAGCGGUGAUCCGGAAUGCCAGUACGUGCCCCACACGGUCAAGGAUGCUGUGCCGAAUUUUAAAAGGCAAACUCUGUUCUAUUGCGGUCAUCACGAUGAUUGUAUUCCCUUCAAUUCGGCAACUGCCCUGCAAAUGGCCAAGGAGCAUGUGGAACGGGACUACGCAGUCGUGGGCAGCUGGGAGGACACAAACAUAACGCUGACCGUCUUUGAGCGCUAUAUACCGCGUUUCUUCCGCGGCGCCAAACUGAUGUAUGAGAUGAACAAUAACAGGAUCGUCAAUCGGAACAAGAACAAACGCAAGCCGUUCAUAGAGCCCGAGGUGAAGGCCAUGAUUCGCAAGAAUUUCACCAAUGAAUACGAGUUCUAUUACUUCUGCAAACAGCGUCUGUACAAGCAGUAUUUGGCCCUCAAUCUCAACGAGCUGGAGAGUCGCGGAAUGCUGAAUUAGUUGUCGGACAGGAGGCUAGGCUAGACAUUAGCUGGUGUGAUAUAAAACGUACAUUUUCGAACAAAUUUCCACUUAAAUAAACAGUAGAUACAUUAGAAUAGACCCCUCCCAACACACUGUGUACUCUGUAAAUCCAUUUUGUGUGUCUCAUCCUUUUGGUUUGCACCAACGUACCGCUUCCAAACCCUAAACCCUAUCCCC